AUGCCAAGCGGAAACCUGAGUUUAGAUCAAGACUAUGAGAUACAGAAGAACGAAUUGGAGGCAAUCAGAUGCAUUUACAUGGACGAUUUUGUUGACAAGACAACUGUGAAAUCUUCUUGGGAUAAGAGACCUCUAAUUGAAUUUCAGAUCUCGUUGAGGUCCACAAAUCAAGAACCCGCUGAAUCGUCGCUGACUUUGGAUGUAACAUUACCAGCUAACUACCCUCAACAAGCUCCCAUUAUCAAGUUCAUAAAUGUGAAGAAUGUUCUCGGUAGCUAUUUGACAUCACUUCAGGACGAUAUUCGGAUAAUACACCAGCGUUCAAAGGGCAGAGAAGAGAUCAUAUUUGAGAUCACAUCGCUGGCGCAGGAAAAACUGGACGAGGUACAGGCUAAGGCAAAUAUGCAAUCGCUCGAGGAUGACAGAUUACAACGUAUUGACGAGGAGCGGAAACGAUUGGAGGAAGAAGAAAUGAAGCAUCAAGAAGACGUAGAAGAAGAGAGGUUGAAGGAACAAAAACUGAUCGAUGAGAUCGUUCAAAAAGAAAUAGCAAAAAGGCACGAUGACGACUCUACUUUCCAUCAUGAAAGUAUUAUCGAUCUAAAUCCACCGACAGACUGGGUCACAUCUGGCGAGGCCUACAUUUUUCCCAAAGUUGUGAGGGCAAAACUCCCGAACAAUUCAUUUUAUAAAUUCAAAGCUGUCGUAAACCCAAAGGAAAUAGACCUAGGAGCAGACCUUUUAGGAUUCGCACGACAUGCACUUGUCAAGCCCUAUAUUCCACCAGACUCGCCAUUAGCCAAUGCCCUGACAUCCUCUGACAUGAUGGUCAACUUCUUUUACUUGUUAACAGAGGUUACGCUAGAUAAUCCUUACUUCAACACAAGCAAUGGGAAGCGUGAUAUAUCUAACUUGGAAAAAGAGUUAGAAUCCCUGACGCGAGUCACACAUGAUAAUGUCAACAGACUCUUCGCUUUCGCUGUUGAAAGGGUAGGAAGAAGUAGCGGCAGUUAUGCUUGGAAAAUCAGAAUAUUAAGCGAGUACUCCCCUAUGCUCCUAGUUGGUGAAAUUGUCGAAUCCGUUGGUUUCGUUAAUUUAGCUACGGCUCGCGGUUGGGUGCUCAGAAUUAUUGAAGGAUUAGAAAGUCUUCACAAGCAUGGUGUGGUGCACAAAUGUAUUUCUCCCAGAACAAUAAAUUUGGCCAAGGACGCGGAUUUCGGAACAACGGUUCCUAAGCUAAUGCAUGCCGGCUAUGGAUUUACGAUUGUUAGUCUUCUUUCCACCCACCCCAAUAAAAAUGGACCCAAGCUCGAUUUCGUGGAACAACCCUGGAAGGCGCCCGAGCUGGUCAAAUUCAAUAACAGUAAACCCCAGCGAAAGACCGAUAUAUGGCAACUUGGUGUUCUGUUUGUCCAAAUUAUCAACGGAAUGGAUACAGUUGGAAAUUUCAAUUCUCCGCAAGACUUUUUGCACAGUACGCAGAUGAAUGACAGUCUUGCGGAUUUUCUCGAAAAGCUUCUGGAGCCCGAUACCAAGAAGAGAUGCGGCCCGCUGGAAUUAAUGCCCAUCAGAUUUCUCCGAACUAACUUGGAUCCUUCAAUCAACAAGUUAGGCUCCUCCAAUCAAGGCUCAAAUACCUCUCUUGCUUUGGCCGGUAGAAGAAAUUCACGUUCAAGCACUUCUCUACAAUACCUCACUGAAGGAGUUAGAAGGCGAAGCUUCAAUGUCAAAUCUCGAUAUCUUUCUACAAACCCCGCAUACAGCUCAAGGUAUGCCACUGACUUUGAGGAAGUUGCUUUACUGGGCAAAGGUGCAUUUGGUCAGGUCGUCAAAGCGCGAAAUGCUUUGGACAGCCGAUACUACGCGAUAAAGAAAAUAAGACACACAGAAGAAAAGCUGUCAUCGAUCUUAAGUGAAGUUAUGCUUCUGGCUAGUCUCAAUCAUCAAUAUGUUGUUCGAUAUUAUGCAGCCUGGCUUGAGGAAGAACCGAAUGUGGAAGAAGUUAUUGUUUCAAGUGAUGAAGACUACGAUUCAGAAUGCUCUGAUUCCAAACUAGAAGCUCAAUCUUCGUCAAGUGCCUUCAAAAGUAAUACACUGGGUCAAUCUGGAAACGCAAAUGAUGGAUGGGAUUUCUUCUCAAAUUCAUUUCAGAAUUCGAAUUAUCCAGAAAUUGUUUUUGCCAAUGAGUCUAGCGACACAGAGGAAAGUUCGGAUGAGGAGACGGGAGAAUCAUCAUCUGAAAGUUGUGUCACUGACGAAUCUAACAACAACAGCAUUGGCUUUACGACGAAAGAAGGAGGGAAGGGCCGUCAACCGAGUUUUUCUGUCAGCUCACAGAAAGAUCUUUCCAGCAAAAGGCACCGUACUAGAACAGCCAGCGUCAAUGCUGGAAAAAAAGUUCGAAGUACUCUCUUUAUUCAAAUGGAGUACUGUGAAAAUCGCACACUUUUUGACCUUAUACAUACCGAGAAUCUGAGCUCUCAAAAGUCAGAAUAUUGGCGACUUUUCCGCGAGAUAUUAGACGCGCUUGGCUAUAUCCACUCCAUGGGCAUUAUUCACCGGGACCUCAAGCCCAUGAACAUUUUCAUAGAUGAAUCGAAGAACAUCAAAAUCGGUGAUUUUGGUUUGGCUAAAAACGUUCACAGAUCUGUGGACCUCCUACGUGCCGAUGCACAAAUAAGUGCAGGAAGUACUGAUGACCUUACUUCUGCCAUCGGAACAGCUCUGUAUGUCGCCACCGAGGUUCUUAGUGGGAAAGGGGACUACAACGAAAAAAUCGAUAUGUACUCCCUUGGUAUUAUUUUCUUUGAGAUGAUUUAUCCUUUUGGUACUGGAAUGGAAAGAGUGAAUGUACUCAAGAUGCUGCGAACACCCGAAGUUGUAUUCCCCGCUGAUUUUGAUGGAAAUAAGCUGGCAGUCGAAAAGAAAAUAAUUAGGGAGUUACUAGACCAUGAUCCCAGCAAGAGGCCAAAUGCUCAAAAGCUACUCCGUAGUGGGCUACUUCCUGUUAAACAUCAUGAUGAUGUCAUGCGGGACGCAUUGAGAAAUUUAGCAGACCCGUCAUCUCCCUGGCAACAACAAGUCCGAGAAAAUCUAUUUGCUCAGCCCUACAGUGUCACAAAUGAUAUACUCUUUGACAACGGUAAGCCAACGUCCACUCCUUUUAACCAGCUUCUGAAGUCACAAAUCAUGGAGGAGAUAAUCAAAAUAUUCAAAAGACACGGUGCGAUAGAAAAUAGCGAGACUUCCGUGAUAUUUCCCAAAGCGCCAAUUUAUUCGACUCAGAAUGUGUAUGAAGUUCUUGAUAAAGGUGGUUCUGUUCUCCAGCUGCAGUACGACUUGACUUAUCCCAUGGCAAGAUUCAUUGCAAAGGGACCUAAUUGUGUCAGCAAGCAGUACCGUGUGCAACAUGUUUAUCGCCCACCACUACAGACGCACACAAGUGCCGAACCACGUAGAUUUGUGGAGGUUGACUUCGAUAUAGUAUCGCAGUCUUCAGCAGAAACACCGUUUCAUGAUGCUGAAAGCAUAAAAGUUGUGGAUGAAAUCAUCAAGCGACUUCCUAUUUUUGGAAAGGUCAACACAGUAUUCAGCGUCAAUCACGCUGACAUCUUGGAAAGCAUUUUUGGCUUCUGUGGUAUAGACAAGGCACAGCAUUCACUGGUCUCACACAUGCUCUCUCAAGUAGGCUUUGCAAAAUCUUUCAAAGAUGUGAAAAACGAGUUGAAAUCGGUAUUGAACCUUUCAUCCACGUCUCUGAAUGACUUAGAGCUUUUUGAUUUUAGGUUGGACUUCGAAAGUGCCAAGAAAAGGUUGCACAAAAUUAUGGUGGAUAGCUCCUACCUGACAAAAGUGGACGAAUCCCUGCAGUAUAUAUCAAGGGUGCUAAGUUUUUUCAAGCCGCUGAAGGUGACAAGAAACACAUUGCUAUGUCCCUUGAGCAACUACAAUUGGUCGUUCUACAGGGGAAACAUCAUGUUUCAAGCAGUGUAUGAUGAUGAAAGAAGCAGAAGCUUGAUUGCUGCUGGGGGUAGAUAUGACAAAUUGAUAUCAAUCAUUGCUAGACCCUCUGGUGGUAACAUCAAUAGUGUGCAAAGAGCUGUUGGAUUCAAUUUAGCGUGGGAAACAAUUCUGAUGGUUGCUCAGAAUUAUUUCAAGUUGGCUGCUGGAAAGAAAAUCAAGAAAAGAAGCUCAUUUUUGAAAGAUUCAGAUCUAGACUGGAAACCUAAACGCUGUAAUGUUAUGGUGUCUAGUUUUUCCAGCCAUAUUCUUGAUACCAUAGGGGUGGAGAUCCUCAAUCAAUUAUGGAAGGCAAACAUCAGCGCAGAUUUUGUGCGCAACUGCUACACAGUCGACGAUGUUGUAUCGAUAGCUCAACGAGAUGGUGUUGAUUGGAUUAUUUUCAUCAAACAGCAGAUGUACUCAACUUCCGCGCACAAGCGCAAAUACAAACCUCUCAAGGUCAAAAAGUUAGACGCAGAACUCGACGUUGACCUUGAUUUUGAUGAAUUUCUAUCUCUUUAUCAACAAGAAACUGGCCCAAAAUCCAAUUCCUAUGAGCCUCUGCAGCUGCAUGACGGGGGCUCGACCUUGUCGGAGGAAAAAAGAUGGGAGGAGCCUGAGAGCAUUGAAGGAAGUCUUGACGGCAGCAGUAAUGCUUCUUUUCAAGGACAUGCUCAACAAAAAGUGGUCUACAUCCCGAACAUGGCUACGCGUGCCAAGAAGUCCAACAAAAAAGACAAGUGGGUCUAUGAAGACUCUGCUAGGAUUGCAUCGCGUUCUAUCAUUUCCAGUUUGUCGACGGCGCCCAUUUUCUCCGUUGAUGCCAUCAGGGAAGAAACACUUGAAAUUAUUUCAGUGACUUCAUUAGCCCAGAAAGACGAAUGGCUUCGCAAGGUUUUUGGUGCUGGCCAAAACUCUGCUCCGCGUAGUUUCGCCACAAGCAUCUACAAUAGUUUGUCUAAAGAAGCAUCGAAAGGUGGGAAAUGGGCAAUCGUUCAUUGCAAUAAGACAGGCAAGUCCUGCGUCGUUGAUCUACAACGCUAA